AUGUCACAUCCAGGCUCGUUGCUUUGGCAGAACAAUGGGCCAGGAGCCGUUCUUGCACAAGUAGCAGUUUCUUCUUUUGUCCUCUGUGUGAUAGGUACCGGCAUCUACAAAGUAUGGGAUGGAUCUUUUUCUUUCUUUGCUUGGCACCCUAUCCUAGUCACACUUGGCCUAUUUUGUUUGAUUCAGAGCAUUCUUGUCGUCCAGCCUACCAAGACGCCUGCUGAAAAGCAAGCUGGUCUCAAUUGGCACAAGACGAUCGUCUUGUAUCUGGGAUUACCCCUCAUCACACUGGGCGCAUGGGUUGUUUGGUAUUUACAUGACCUUCCCGGACAGAAGCAUUUCAUUUCUUGGCACGGCAUGCUAGGCUGCGCCAUUAUUGUUCUGAUUUGGACACAAGCCGCAUUCGGUGCGACGACCGUCUAUUGGAAAUCCUACUUCUAUGGCACGGAAUCACGGGCUAAAGCCAUGUGGAAGUACCAUCGCAUGUUUGGCUACACAUUGUGUUCAUUGCUAAUGGCCGAAUUACUUCUGGCAUUCUGGGAAGUUAAAUGGAUGUACCGAACUGGCGGUUUUGUUCUAGUCGUCUUGUCCACUGUGACCAUGCUCUUGACGGCCUAUGGGGUAGCCACUCGGGUGCAGACGUCGAAAUGGGGUUUUUGA